CUAGAUUUAUUUUAGGAAGCCCAAAUCACAUCUCACAGAGAAUGCGUCUCUCCUUCGUCCUCGCCGUUAUUGCUGCUUUCAGGUCGACAGUGUCUAUACCUGUCGCUGACAGUAAAUGUCCCUCCUUCUGCAACUUGGGAGCUUGCUGCCCUGGCUAUGAAUGCAAGCUAUUAGCGGUUCCUGAUGGGUUCGUACAUAUUUGUGAGUUACCCACUGAAUGACGUAAGUGCUUUGUCAAGUUGCUGAGUGCUCGGUUGUAACGGUGAAUAAAUUUCACCCUGCUCGAGCAUUGAAGAUCUUAAAUCUGAGGAACACCUCGU